CAGCCAGGAGGAGACAGUUUGUUUUCGAACUUGUGCGAGUGAGUACUUGUGCAGCUGUCUCGCGAAAUAAUUUGUGUACGUUCGUUGAGGUGGUGGCGGAUGUGCCGUGUCUAGUGACAAGUGCCGUGUGCAUCCAAGUGAAGUGAUUUUGUGUGGAAACCCCAAAAAUUGGAGUAUUUGGUGCAGAAAACUAUCGCCGUCUCCGAGUCCGUGAUCCCAGUGUUUUCAGGUGGGGUGCCGAGAGCCCGCUCGCUUUGAUGAGCGAGGGUGCGGGAGCUACCCAGCCAGAGCCAAGGUGCCUGUUGGUGAUAGCUCAGGUGUGUAACAAGGACGAGAACACCAAUGAGGCCAUGCAGCAGCACCAGCGGCAGCGACGCGCCUGCAGGUGACGAGGACAUGGACUCGGGCAGGGUGAUCCGGGCGCCCUCGCUCAAGCGGGGGAAGGGCGACGAGACCCACAUCAGCCAGCGGGUCAUACGACAGUGAUUGUAGCCACUUUCAUCGCGUGUUGUGGUCUGUGCGGGUUGUGAGAGUGGACUUUGUAGUGAUGCCAUGAGUGACCAUGUGAGCUCGCCAUGGGUAUGUUGAGCGGUACCAAGUCUCCUGCGCCCUGCAGGGAGGCCCCCGUCUAUGAGGUCAAGCUAGAGCGAGUGCUUGGGCUCACUGUACCCAGCAAUGCCGCCCUGGACUGCGACUCCAACUCGGAGCUCAUCGCCUACCCGGCAGGAUGCACCGUGGUCCUGUUUAACCCGCGCAAGAACAGGCAGUGCCAUGUGCUGAACGCACCCCGGAAGACCAUCACCUGCGUGGCGUUCAGCGCAGAUGGCAGGUACCUGGCCACGGGCGAGUGCGGGCACGCGCCCAGCGUGCGCGUCUGGGACCUACACGACCUGCACGGCCAGGGUGCCCAGCAGGUUGCGGAGUUCCCCGGCCACAAAUAUGGCAUCAACUGCGUGGCAUUUUCCCCCAGCCACAAGUAUGUGGUCUCUGUGGGGUCCCAGCAUGACAUGAUAGUGAAUGUCUGGGACUGGAGGGCCAAUAUAAAGGUAGCAUCUAACAAAGUGUCAAGCAAAGUGAAGGCUGUGUCUUUUGCUGAAAAUGGAAACUACUUUGUGACUGUCGGAAACCGUCAUGUCAAAUUCUGGUACUUGGAAUACUCCAGAGCUGCAAAGUACAAAGAACCUGUUCCACUGAUGGGGCGGUCAGCCAUUCUAGGAGAACAACGAAACAAUUAUUUCUGUGAUGUAGCUUGUGGCCGUGGAGAGUCAGGAGAUUCAACCUAUGCCAUAACAAAAUCAGGACUCCUGUGUGAAUUCAACAACAGAAGGCUGUUAGACAAAUGGGUGGAGCUUAGAACAACCAGUGCCAAUUGUAUGUCAGUAGGAGAACAUUACAUUUUUAUUGGGUGUGCAGAUGGUAUAGUAAGAUGUUUCAGCCCUUUGACUUUGCAAUUCAUAACAACUUUACCUCGAACACACUACUUAGGUGUCGAUGUGGCCCAAGGUCUUAACAUCAGCCAUAUGGCUUCUCAUCCUAAUAAUGCCAAAUACCCUGAUGCAAUUGCCCUUGCAUAUGACAGCCAAAAUCAGAAACUCACCUGUGUUUAUAAUGAUCAUAGUCUUUAUGUUUGGGAUGUCAGAGAUAUUAAACGGGUUGGAAAAUCUCAUUCCUUUCUCUACCAUUCUGCAUGUAUUUGGGGAGUUGAAAUGUAUCCAGUUGGGGUUGAAGAAGGCAUGCCGCCAGGCUCAUUUGUUACCUGCUCUAGUGAUGAUACGAUCCGGUUCUGGAAUUUAGACCCAAAUACUGACACAUCUCAAGAUCCUACGUACAAAAGAAAUAUCUACAGCAAUGAGCUAAUGAAAGUUCUGUAUGUUGACCCUGAAAUGACCUACCUCAAAGAUUUAGACUUAUCAACUGCUGAAAAGACAGAUAGUUCAUAUGAUGGUCGGAAUGGAGUGAGAUCUAUUAGAAUAAGUCCUGAUGGAAAACAUUUAGCUUCUGGAGACAGAGCUGGUAACAUCAGAAUAAAUGAAGUUCGUGGGCUCCCAGAAGUUUGCCGGAUAGAAGCUCAUGAUGCUGAAGUCUUAUGCCUUGAAUAUACUCGUCAAGAUAGUGGACACAAACUCUUGGCUUCUGCUUCAAGAGAUAGAUUGAUUCAUGUGUUUAGUGUUGAGGAGGACUACAACUUUGUUCAAACACUAGAUGAUCAUUCUUCGUCAAUCACAGCUGUGAGAUUUUUGAAUGCGCAUCGACAGCUGCAAAUGGUUUCCUGUGGAGCCGAUAAAUCAAUAAUCUUUCGGCAACUCACUGGGUCCCCAGGAGGUAAUAACAUACAGUUUUCCCGUGGUCACAACGCUGCUGGGAAAACUACAUUAUAUGAUAUGGAAAUUGAUUGUGGACAAAAGCAUAUUUUGACUGCCUGUCAAGACAGGAACAUUAGAGUUUACAAUGUUACCAAUGGAAAGCAUUCUAAAACAUUUAAAGGAUCUGUUGGUGAAGAUGGAUCUUUAAUCAAGGUUGUUUUAGACCCAAGUGGUAUUUUUGUGGCCACUUCAUGCACAGACAAAACACUGUGUGUUUAUGACUACUACUCAGGUGAAUGUAUGGCGACCAUGCUAGGACACUCAGAGCUAGUGACAGGUCUGAGAUUCACUAAUGACUGUAAGCGUCUAGUCUCAGCAUCUGGAGAUGGUUGUAUAUUUGUGUGGAAAGUGCCCCAUGACAUGGUGGUUACAAUGCAUGCAAGGCUAGCACAGCAAGCAGCCAGGGCUGGAAGACGAAGCAAUAAAUUAGUAAAUGGAAUCCAAUUGGACAAUGAUGGGUUUGGACCUCCACCACCAGAAAUGCUCGACCCUAAUGCAAAUAGUGUUGACCAUGCUGAUUACCGAUUUAGCGUUGGCCAGCUACCCUUAUGGGCCAAGAAACAAAUCAAAGAUGACUUAGGAGAUGCAACACACACCAACCUGACAAAUAAUAGACCCAUAGAACCACCAAAAGGACGAUGGGCACAGCGCUUAGAUGCGACUGGUAUAACUGUGAAGUCAGUCUAUGACAGCGAUUCUGUUAUUCCAUUUCCUCUUCAACAAGAAAAAAGGGCAGAUUCAGAUGGCUCCAAAGACAGUUCUAUUGACAGUGGUACUGAAAUUCGCCAUUAUUCGGAUUUCCGACGGGAAACAAUGUUAAUCAAAAAGCAGGGUUUGCAGUGUGAACAAAGAGACGAGUUUCUUCCAUGUCCAGAGAGUAUGCAUGAACUUUUAAAUGGUGAAGAAUCAAAACAGGUCAGUAUUGGUAAAGUUACCAUGUCAAGAGGGAAUGACUUAUCAGACCUUCACCGAAAUAGACAUCAUACUGAUGACAGCAGCAUAGGCAGUUAUAAAUAUGAGGACAUGGAAAGCACUGAACAUGAUGGUGAUGUGGAAGACUAUUCUGAGGGUGAAGGUGAGUCAACAGAGCCUGAGCACUCUCAAAGACUAAUUUAUUAUCCAGCAGCCGAGGAAACAACAAGUGUUUACACAGUUAAUGCAAUGGAUGUAGAAGAACUGCGUAGAUCUCAGCGCCGUUUUCGGAAAAAUCAACGACCUGAGCGUCUAUCAGAUUUGCCGCUUGUUUCACCAUCAGGUGUGUCGGGUAGCCAGGACAGCGAUGACGAUGAUGAAGAGGUAUCAACUCCGAGUGCUGACACAGCAGAACGCAACCUAAUGUCAAUGCUAUCAGUCAGCUCAGAGAGUCUUGAUAUAAUGGGUCAGCGGGAAAAGUACUUAAAAAAUACAUUUGACUCACUAAGUGGUGCUGAACAAGACAAAGAACAUUAUUCUGGUAAAAAAAGUAUAUCUUCGCAAUAUCAUGGGCGUUUGAGUACAACCCCUCGAAAUACUGCUGUUAUUAAUGCAGCAUGGCAGUCUCGCACGGAACCUGAAACAUCAAGAAAAAGAGAGGAGCUGAAAAAAAGAAUAGAAGAAACAAGGAGAAAGUUGCAGAGUGUCGGUUACAGAUCCAAUCUGAAGAGCAGUCAAAGUAUUCAGGACUUGAGCCGAUUCCCAGAAAAGGAAAGAAGAAAUGGUGCUCCCCAUCGUAUGCUACGUCCCCCUGGAAUAGCUCAUUAUAAAUACACACCAGUUCUUCCAGCUGUGGACAGUGAUGAUGGUGGCACUGAGCCUGGAGGUGCUAUACGUCGAGCCUGUUCCCUCAGCGAUCUUGCCAAUCCCUCACCCCGAAGAACACCUGUCCAAGUUUCAGGUAAAGUCUCGAACCACAAACCAAGCAGUGCAAGUCGUACUCUUCCUCGACCAGGAUUUAAGACUGGAUCAGCUAUGACAAGGAGUAGUUCAGUUGGCGUUUUGAAUCAGAGUGAUUCAGAGAGUGAUUUGAGUUUGAGCCACCAUCCAACGCCUGCAACUCGUAUGAAUGGACUUAUGCGACCCACCAUAUCUUCUCAAAACAAAAUGACCAGCGGAGUUGGAGGGAAAGGACGAAUGCCAGCAAAGCGUGGUCUGUCAGGAGCUUUCUCCAGCAUGAACCUUAGUCAAGUUGGAAACAAUGAGGAUUCAAGUUCUGAGGAGAUAUCAUCUGUAGGAAAGCCAAGACAAAGAAGUUCAAGCAUAGAUAGGUCUUCUGGCGCUCCAAUGAGCCUUCCACCCGGUGGUCACAGCGCUGUACCUCAUCGAAGAACAAUGACUUCGGUUCCCAUAAACAGGUUUGGAGGGGAGCGUGAUCUUGUAGCACCUGUUCCACCUCCUCGCCCAACUCGUCUAAGAACCUCUUCUAGUAAUCCCACCAAUCUAUCACACCAACUAGACCCAUCCCCUCAAGAGUUACCAGUCAAGGACACAGACAGUGGUGUUGACCUAGCUAGUGCUCCUUUGUCCCACGAACUGAUUUCUUCAAUUACUGACCAACUCAUGCGCACAGCAGACACUGUUGUACAACUGCACAAGAGACUUGCAAUGGAAAGCACAGAGCGUAACAGUCAAGAUCCUCUUCUUCAAGGAUUGGAAGGAGCAGUUGGAGAAGCACAACGCACUUUACGACUUAUUGCUGGUGGUGCAACAAAUGGGAUGCCAGUUACAAACGGCUCACCAUCUUCUGAUCCUGCUCUCGCCAACAAGCUGCAAGAUUUAGUUGCAACAGGGGGAAGUGGCAGUGCUGUCACAAUGAUGCAGCAGUACUCUGAUCUCCUGCUGUCCUUGGUUCAACAACGGGUUUCAGCACCAGCCUCAGCAAAUCCUGGACAGUCACCCACCUCACCAUCACAAGCAGAGGCUUCUGCACAGCCUGCCACUGACUGAAAUUGGUGCCAUUACUAAUGUAUUCAUAUUAAUACAUUGAAUUUGUGGUUUAUGAAUAGUGAAAAAUUACAUUAUUAUGUGGAGUGGAGCACUUAAAUCAGUGCAAUUUGCAUUGUGCCAAAUACUUGCUCUGAUAAAUGUGAUGAUUAUUUCUCUAGUUUAACUUAGUUAAACUGCUCCAAUAAUUUAUUCAGUGCCAGUGAAGAACCCAUUGGACUAUACAAGAAGUGGUCUCAAUUAAGGCCUUGUGAUACUAAUAAGCAGCGUCUCGCUGGCGAGGCAUCCUGGCUGCUACAUGAAUUUUCUUUGAAGUGCCUCUUUAAAACGAAGGAAUUAAGAUUCCCGUUAUGUGUGAUCAUAAUUAUGUUGUUAUACAAUCCUUCCCGCUACAGGCAUGUGUAACUUCUGAUCACUGCUCUGUUAUUUAAUUCCUGUUAGUCUUCAAAUUUUCAUCUUAAAUUUUGUAUUGCACUUCAACUUACAAAAAGUCUUGCAAGUGCUUUUGCCUGUUUUGUUAAAAUCAAGUUCUUUGUUUGAAACUUACCUUUGUUUCUUUGCUGAAGUGGUUAAAUGUUUUUGACUUGUUAACCACUCUAACACAAAGUUUGGAAAAUUUUACCUAAUAGUAAAUUUUUAACUCCAAAUAUUUCCUUGUUGUUUGUGUUUUGUUGAUUUAUCACCAAAUGAAGGAAACUUUCUUCAUCUCAUUGUACCUCUUAGCCAUUGAUUGGUCUAUUUGUCUUUCCUAUCAAGGUGUAACAUACAAAGUAACACAUACAUGUAUGUAUAUGGUAUUCCAAAGCAUUUCUGCGUACUGAGAUUAGGCAGUUCUUAUUACGGUUACAUGUAUUCCUUAUUUGAAAAUAAUAAAAUAAUUCUCUAACCUUUACUCUUAACUAUUGUAUUUGUGGCGCUAGACUCAAGUCAGUUAAGUCUGCUAAGGAUAGCUUUAAUUAGAGUGUUUAAGGUUUCUAUCAAUCCAAUAAAAUGUGACAGGAAUCACUUUAUUAAGAUAAUAGGAAAGUAUUAUGCCCUCUUUGUCAAAAGAAUUUUUUACAACUCUAUCAAACCUUUCAAAAUUACCCAGUUUUUUUUUUAUUUUUCAGUAAGUUUUGAAAGUUUGUUUGUCGUUUUCAUGUUCAUUUCCUGUUUGUUAAAAUUGAUUUUAUUAAUAACUUGUUCUGUUAAGGGUAACAUAAAUAAGCACAGUAAGAUGAUUUGUUGGAGUCCUGUCAAUUUGAGCAGUUAAUGUGAUGUCCAUUGCCAAUAGCCAUGAAUGGUUGCCAAUUUUAUUAUUAAUAUAUUGUUUAUAAUUUAUAUAAUUGUAGAGUAAUAGUGCUCCAUUACAAUCAGCUGGUAUGAAUGACUUUUAGUGUUCUUCAAUAUUAUUUCCUGAUCAUAAUCAUUUCAAAAUGGAACGAUUAUUUUGUUUAAUACAAUUUUCCUGUAAUACUCUAAAGGGGUACAGGUUCUGAAUUGCUGUGAUGGAAAUUUUUAUUUAAAAAAAAUCAACACCAGUAAGCUUUAAUGCCCUUCAUUCUGAAUGGUUGUUGCAUGCAUAUAUACAGUGUGUAAGUACAACCUGUGUGGUGCUGUAGUGGUGAGCAAGCAAAAGAUUGUUAUAACCCUAAGUUAAAUGCCCACCUACCCACUUCUUGAUGCCUUCAAAUGUUUUUUCUUCACUUAAAUUCCAAAUUUUUUGUUUGAAACAUUUAUUGAUUUAACCUGAACUGCCCGAAUGGAGAUCAGAAUCUCUUUAAACAGUCAUUCCAUGCUCAGCUGAGCUGUGUUAAACGCAUGUCAUGGAGCAAGUCAAAAGUCUGUGUACAUAAUCUAGGCUCUUUUUAUAUUUAAUUAAUUACUAUACAUAAAUGUAUAUAUUUCUGUGAAUAGCUCAGUUGUACAAUUACUCAACACUGGUUGAUUUAAAUUUAUGCAAUGUAUUUGCGUCUGGUUAAUUCAGGGUUUUCAUUAUUCAACCCGACUUUCUGCUCGAUGUGCCUUGUGAGCAGACAUGACUUGAAAAUGGAUAUAAAAUUUACAAAUUCCUUAUAAUUGUUUUUUUUUUUGUGUGUGUGAAAUUGGGAGACAGUUGCACUGCAACUUCCACAUACUAUGUCUAAUGUAGUUGGCAUACAACAAAUUUUAGUUGCAUGAGUUGAUUUAAGGCCCCUACAUUCUAAAAGUGUUUUCUGGAUUUUAGUAUUUUUUUGUUCUUUAUGGAUUUCCUGAGGACAGCUUUUAGUCCAGUAAAAUAAACAAAUCAUGACUGACAUAAA